AUGUCUCGUCUGAACUCGACCUUUAUCAAGGUCAUGGCCACCCUGACAUUGCUCUCUGCUGUAUAUGCCAGGUCUAAAGAUAUAGAUUGUCCAGAUGACCCGUUCGCUAGCCCGGCGACAGACAUUUGUAAUCCAUUACGAUAUAUCCCAAACAAGUCGAUUAAUAUAGCUGCAGCGGUACUAUACUUUGUCGUAGCUGCGAUAUUGACUUUCCACUCAUUCAGACAGAAAGCGAACUAUUUCUUAUGUCUUGUGAUCGGAGCUUGGUUUGAAGGUUUAGGUUUGGUGUUGAGAGUAGCAUUCAGGAAGAACCCUCAUAGUACAGGUUUAUACAUCGUCUGCUACCUUUUCGUCGUAUUAUCUCCCUGUGCGUUCCUAGCAGGUGAUUAUAUCUUAUUGGGCAGAUUGGUGCAGUACCUCGAUAAGAACGAGCAUAUGAGACCUCUUAAAGCAAGCUGGGUCUCGUGGACUUUCAUCAUCUCCGAUAUCGUCACUUUCCUGAUCCAAGCUGCAGGUGGUGGUCUAUCGAUCUCCAAAGAAAUCAAGACUGCCGAAGCGGGCGGUAACAUCUUCUUAGCUGGUAUCGCCGCUCAGUUGGCAAGUUUCGUCUUGUUUAGUGGCAUGUGGAUUCUCUUCGGUUUCAGAGCUUGGAAGAACGAUAAAGAACUAUGGGCCAAACCAGGAUGGAAAUCAUUAUAUUGGGCAAUGGGUUUCACCUGUAUCUGCUUCGUUAUUCGAAGUAUCUUCAGAACCGUUGAAUUAAGUGAAGGAUAUAUCGGAUACCUUGCUACCCACGAACGAUAUUAUCUAGGUUUAGAUACGCUUCCUCUGUUAUUGGGUAUCGCGACCUACUGUUAUUUCUGGCCUGGAAGAUACCUGCAUUUCCCUGCUAAAGGUCAAGUUGCCAACGAUCAAGAAAAUGGUAUGGAUAUGACCACAUCGGAAGGUCAACAGCCUUACACCGUCAAUGGUCCAUCGCAGGUUGACAGGAAUGAAGAUAAUUCUGGAAUCGAGAGUAGGGGUAGUAAUGAGAAAACAAUUUAG